AUGCCGCUUAAUAGAACGCCACCUGCUUCCCCGAACACCAAAACUAACAACAAGACCUCUACUAUGAAGAAUGAUUCAGAAACCGGUAAUGAACCUAAGAUAACUACCCGAAGUCGAUCGCGAAAGCGAGGUAGUGAUGAGGAGUUCAUGAAUUCACUUGCAGAAUUAAGAAAAAUUGUAACUGAAUUUAAAAUUGAACAAAAUAAUAAACUCGACGCCCUGCAAAACUCUAUAAAUGACAUUCGGAGACAAAAUGAAGGAAUUGUUGACACCGUAGAACACCUGUCGAAUGAGUACAUUGACCUCAAGAAGAAAUUUGAGAGUUUGGAGAAUGAUAGAAAAAAUAGCAUAGAGUAUAUUAAAACCCUGGAAACAAAGAUUGACACUUUAGAAAAGGGUCAGAAACAGACCAGCAUAGAAAUAAAGAAUAUCCCGCCUAAAACCUCGGAGUCCAAACAAGACCUCAUUACACUUAUUCAAAACAUUGGGAAUACUAUAAACCUACCUAUACAAAAAAACGACAUAAAAGACAUAUUUAGAAUAAAUAGUAAGACACCCGAAAACAAACCCAUUAUUGUUGAUUUUACUACUACUAUUAUGAAGGAGGAAACUCUAGAACACUGUAAAAAAUUUAACAAUCAGCACAUAGAUAACAAGCUCAACACCUCGCACUUAAGAAUAGCUGGACCUUCAAAGAAUAUUUAUGUGUCAGAAAACCUUACUGCAAAAAGUCGGAGACUAUUUUUCCUGGCACGCGACUUUGCGAAGACUAACGACUAUAAAUAUUGUUGGACAGCAAGCGGAAAGAUUUUUAUGCGCAAGAAACAAGGAGCUUUAAUUAUCCGUAUUAGUGAAGAACAAGAUUUUCAUGGUUUGAAAACACAAAUUUGA